UGCUUCUGUCGCAGGUCACCCGAGCGAUGCGCGGCGGUUAUGACGACGACCGCCGGAGGAGCGGCGGCCCGCUGACCGCCGGCGCGCGUCCAUGAAGCGCCGUGCGGCGCACGGCCGCGCCGCGGCCGCCAUGCCUUCCGGGCUGCAGCUGCUGUGGCUCGUCGUGGCUCUGUGCCAGCUGUCACCGCGCGCCCAAUGCUUCACGUGCAGCGACCGCUGCAAGUGCAUCUGGCGCAGCGGCAAGAUGUACGGCGAGUGUGCGCUCCAGGGGCUCUCCGCGCUCCCCUCGGGCAUGGACGAAAGCCUGCAAGUGCUCAACCUGACCCACAACCUGAUCCAGGCGCUGCCCAAGCGCGCUUUUUUCUCCGCAGGCCUCGUCAACGUCCAGAAGCUAUACCUGUCCCGCUGCGAGCUGAGCCACAUCGACGACUCGGCGCUAUUCAAAGUGACCAACCUCAUCGAGCUCGACCUGUCGGACAACAAACUGACCACUGUGCCGACUGCGGCUCUCAGCAGCACGCGCAACCUGCGGAACCUCUACAUUAACCGCAAUCCCAUCACAGUUCUUGCGGACAUGGCUUUUGCGGAACUGACCGAGCUGGCCCACUUGGAGCUGACCGAAUGCCGCUUGGAGUCCAUUGCUGUUCGCGCGUUCGAAGGGCUGUCCAAGCUAAAGGUGCUCAAGCUGGACCACAACCUCCUCGAGACGCUGCCGGGCCGAGCCAUGGCACCGUUCCCGUCUUUACACGAGAUCGCCCUAGACGGCAACCAGUGGCGCUGCGACUGCGAGCUGCGUGCGUUCCGCAUGUGGCUGGAGAGGAACAACAUCUCCCUCUACUCGCCCACGUGCCACAAGCCGCUUCGGUUGAACGGCAGGCCGUGGAAGAGCCUGUCGAGCGAGGACAUGGCCUGUCCCCCGGCAUUCCUCAACACGAGUACGAGCACGAUGGACGCGAUCGUGGUGCAAGAGAACAACAACGUGACGCUCGAGUGCCGCGUGCGCGCUGACCCUGCGGCCCACAUCUCUUGGCUGUGGAAGGACAAGCCGCUGACCAACCAGAGCGAGCCGGGCCAGGCGUUCGUUCUCACCCAGGACGCCGGCGACCGCGAGCGUCUCUCCUGGCUCACGCUCAGUUUCGUGCAGGAGCCGUUGGCCGGGCCGUACGCGUGCGCAGCGCAGAAUGCGGCCGGGCGCGUCGUGCGAAACUUCACGCUGGCGGUGAAUCGACGGCCGACCGAGGUUCGUGCGUCCGCCGGGGGUUCGACGGCCGAGGUGGAGAUGACGGAGCAGGCGCGUGAGUCGACCGAGCUGCAGCAGCGCUCGUACACCGAGAACCCCGUGCUGGGCAUGGUCAUCGGCAUUUUGGUCGGCGCACUCGCCGUGCUGCUCGUGUUCGGCCUUACAUUGUGGCUGUGCCGGCGCCGAGGACGCCGCCGAGGAGCGCCAGCGGGGUCGCGCAAGUCCAAACGUACGGAGGCCAACAGCAACCACAAGGCGCUGCACAACGACAAGCAGCAGCAACAGUCGCAGCCGGGGGCCGGCGACGCAGCCGAUGUGAAGCUGCUGGUGAACCCGAUCCAGAAGCCGCCGCGCCUGCUCAUGACCAACAGCUACCAGGGUCUGCCGUCGGAGCUGGAGCCUCUGGACCCGGGCCUCUGCGUGGAGUCGUCCUCGGGCGUCUGGGUGGUCAAAGAGCACGACUACUCGACGGACGAGUCGGUGCUCUCGUCCAUUCCUUCUCGCGCGGGCACCAUAGACCGUCGCUCACUGGCCCGCAGUCCGAUUCCGGUGCCCAUGCCCGUCGUGCCGCCGCCCACGGACGACCUGCACGCGCGCCUGCACGGUGAGCUGACGGACACGCUGCGGCGCACCAAGGGCGACCGGCGGCCCCUGGUCGAGCGACCCGAUGCCCAGAGUCCGCUCGAGCCGUACGCGGGCCUCGAGACGCUGCGUGUGCGAGACCUGGAGCCCCGCGGGCCCGACCUCAUCGACCAGAUCGGCGGCGCCGCCCAGCCCCCGCCGUCACCGCGAUGGACGCCGUACGAGCACCCGUCGGCAUACUACCGCGCCGCGGCUGGCACGCCCCAGAGCUGCUACCCGCCCAGCAUACCCGAGGCGCCGGCGGACGGCACCGAGGUCUAGUCAGAGCGCCCCGACGCAUCUCACGGACAGGACGAUGCGCGCUAAACAAACACUCCGGGGCACGGAAAGGCGCGUUGCUGACUCGCGGCUAACACCUUUUCACUAUCGUUUCCGCGCUGUUUCUAAACACUACAGCAAUUAUGUUAACUCGCACAUUGCUGCACCCUCAAACAAUUAUGUGUGUGUCAACCAAAGCGGGGAGGUGCAUUUGAGCAUGACGUGAAUGGUUCAUAAGACAUCCCACGCUGCUGAGAUAGAACUACAGCUAAGGUAUUCCGACUUCCUUAUCAAAGCAUGUCUUGAAUUCAAUGUCCCACCUUAGUGAUUGCACUUUCCUAGCGGAAGCACAUAAAGCCGCUAAGCUAUCCGAUUAGAUUUCACACCGAGAACAAUGCAACCAACAACAACAAAAAAAAGCACAAGUAACCUAGUCACCUCGUCACCUCAACUGAUUAUUGGCUCCUUCUAGGGCUAAAACCAUAUUAAAUCCAGGAAUUUUCAAUUCUAAGGACCUACAGCGCUUGCAGCAGCAAUGGAAAAAAGACAAAUGUGGUUGCAACGACAUUGGGUUAUCUUGUCACCUCUUUAAGCACCGACAACAGGUAUUUUUGUCCUGUCAUAACUGAUGGACAGCAUCCGUAGGAUUUGCUUUUGAUUUAUGGAGUCACUGCGAUGGAGCCCUGGGGAUUGUUUAUUGGUAAAGGUGUUAGCCACGAGACACUUACGCACCUCUUCACGUGUCCAAACUUCUCUGCGUGGACUUGUAGAAGGUGAUGUGAUGCGGCGUUCAACACUUAACUUUUCGCAGCCGAGGGUGGGAAAUGAACUAUCUCCCUCUGCAUUUGUUCCUUGAUUGUAGUUGGCAUUCGUUCGUGCGUGUUUCGUUUUGGACGUAACUCCCUAAAGUGAAGCUGUGUCGUUUCUGUUCCCAACACCAUGCAACCCGUCACACACUACACAUAGUAUUCCAUUGUGUUUGCACGGAGCUGAUGCCACCACCAAGGAUGUGGGUACAUCGUCAGUUGCGACCGUCCCUCACACCGCUGUUCUCAUUUUACACGUACGCUGAUCGUGCCAUGUGGGGUGGAUCACUAGUUUAGCCUCAUUUACCUUUGCAGUGGUUGACUAGUUGCAGAGUUUAAAAGCGCCGUGGCAGUUCAAUCAAGAGGAACGGUGACUCGUCUUCACGAGAAGCUGAAGAAGCAGAUUUCACUCAUUUUUGUACAGCGACAGCAUGUUGCACUCACUUCUCAUAGGGCGUGUGUGUUUCAUGCCUGCGAGUGAGAAAGAUGUUUCGUGUUGACAUGAGGUUUUGGCAUGGUUGAACUGUGCUUCACUCGCCUCCUUCACAAGGGAAAAUGAGCACUUCAUAACAUGGGACCAUACAUUUUGCGUCCCCACGUCAAAGUUCUGCUAUAACUGCACCGCAUGAUGGGACUUCAGGCUCAAUCUAGCCACCUCGGGUAAUUUAAAAUGCUCUGAAAUUUCAGUACACAAGCAUUUUUGCAUUCCUCUCCCAUUGAAAUAUGCCCACCACUGCAGGGAGCAACCCACAACCUCAUACUCAUAGCUAUUGAGCCAGCGCUGCAGGUAGAAUUGCAGUGUGAGCUAUCCAAAAAAUGCAAUGAAUUUGGACGGUCAAGUCGGUCAUUUAAUUCAUUCUGGCUGUAAAACGGCUGUUUCUUUAAUUUGCUUUUGCUUUACGUUACACACAUACAUACACUACGAGCCACAGCUUCUGAAUCAUAGGGCUAUUUAAAAUGCAGAGCUACAAUUUCAAAAAUUGUUAAAUACAAUUCUGAGGCUUUACGUGCCAAAACUACGAUCUGAUAUAAAUUAUAAGUGAAGCCCACUGUGAUUGUUGCAUGACCAAUUAAAACAGGUUCAGAUGCUUGCUUUGUCUAAAGCACUAACUCAUUUAUGCUUGAAAAGGUGUCAAGUGCAACAUCACCAUUGCCUGCAAGCACAUGCCACAAAAAUAGACAGCAGGCUUGUGCAACCUUGCAGAAUCACAACCAAAUUUCCAGCCAAGCUGGAAAUUUCUUUAGAGCAGUUGCAAUAAGAAUAAUAUAGUUGUGUGUAAUUAACACAAAAGAGAGAGGCAGGAAUUCUCUCUUACGUAAAUGCUAAUGUGAAUCUUAUGCGGCUUUAAGGUUCCACAUUUCUGACGAGACGAAGGCUUACCACGGACAUCUGUCAUGGGGAAAAGUAGGCAGGUACCAUCAACGAAUGUCAUAUUUAAUGAAACUCACCAUCAGAUGGAACUUCUUUGUAAUAUUCAAGCACAAAGUGCCAUAAAAUUUAAACAGUACCUCCAUUUACCAUUCAACACUUGGCACAUCUGAAGUUGGUUAAUGUUCUAGCUAGGUCAGUUUCACAUUAUGGCAGUAUUCCAGCUCCUUAUUCUGUUUUCCACUCUCAUGCGCUGUUCAAUUAUUACCAUCUUCUCAACCACCUGGACAUUUACAAAACACAUGCAGAAGUGAAACAAAGGCCACAUAUGAUGGUAAAAAGGCAGUGUCUGGACCACUUACCUCUCCAAGCUGUUAAAUGUAAAGCUUGAUUUAACAGUGCCAAAUGAAGCUAGUCAGAGAGAACAGUGUGCUCUUGCCUGCCUCACAACAAGAUAGAACAUAUUUCUAGUAGCAUGAAUCCUAUUGCUCAUUUUUUUUUCUGAAUCUGCAGUGUUUAAAAUAUAGAAAGGGCAUUCUUAAAGAAGUAUAAUGUGUGCACGAGCCUCAUAUAUCCAUUUCAAUAGAAGCAGAAUGCCAAUGGCUGGAAUUUGGUACAUUAUUUUAAAGCUUACGUCACCAUGUUCAAAGCAGCAUUUUAAUUUUACACCAUUUACUAUCAAGAGGCUGAGGUAAAAGUGGCAGUGAUGAAUGUGAAUGGCAGAUGAUAUCAUGCUUAUUUCAUACCUGCCAGUUCUCCUUAGUUUUUCGUAAUGAUUACAAAUUUGUGCUCUUUCUGUUAUUUUACGAAUGCUACGUCAAGUUAAAAAAAUUCUGUUCACAAAAGUGUUUUAAAGCUCUUGAAAUAUGGGUGGCGCAAGAUUUGCAAAAAAAAUGCAUGCAAAAAAUAAAUUGUGACAGCACCUGCAUCGCCCUCCUGUGGCAGUGCAAGGUGCCAUAAAGCCAGAGAAUACUUAGUUCAAGCAAAUUCAUUCACAAAAGUUCCUGAAGCAGGCGGGCUCAGCAACACCAAAAUGCUGAAAAAGUCGCUGAUCCAACGUGUUGCUCGUCAAUAUCUGCAGUUGUAAGUUUGUUGCUGUGUCUAAAGGUGAACAAUGGUUAAUUAAGUGCAUAUGUAGUCUACAAAAGGUGUGCGCUCAAGCAUACUUUAAAAAAAAGUGUGCUAUUACUUACUCCCCCCAUAUUGUACUAGAGUUGCGGGAUUAUUUACGAAUUUUAAUGUUUGCGGGUUGGGAGCUAUGUCAUUUCAUUCUUCUGCAGAAUUAUCAAUCCGAUGCACGGCAUCACUUGCAGCUUUAAUUAGCACACACCUCUUACCGGAAAAGCUUUAUCCAGCAAUUUUUACCAAUGUAUCUCCUGGGAAGUACACAUAGAACGACUCUAUGUAAGAACAUUAAUGAGGCAAUUAUUUGCAGAUCUUACUUUAACAUUCUGGGGCAUUUAAGUGAAAAAAAUUCCUACUCCCAGGAAUUUUAGGUAUCUUGAAGCACAGUGGCCAACCAUGUCAUGAGCCCAUGUGCGCACCGAAAUAAGCUGAAUUCUGAUUGUUACACACUGCUGUUUAUUAUACCAGUGACACCACCUGUAUACUAUAGUUCCCUACUCCAAAGGAUCUGUGCAUCUAUACAGCCGACUGCUGCAAACUGGACAGACCGAGUUACACCUGGGAUGACUGGCUUGUCUGCAUUGGUCAUUUCCAAACACGCAAAGUCUCUCCAACAAGCAGGAAGCCAGUGCAAUGAGGUUUUGCUGUUGUGCAGUGCACAGUGCUCUUUUGUGACCCCACAAGUGAAACAGUUCUCCAUUGUUCUUUUCCUGCAAGACAACAAGAUGUGCCUUACAAGUGUGAAGUUUUCUGCAGGCAGAGAUGAGGGACACUUGACACAUGGAGUGCUGCUGCUGCCGUGGGACAGUCAUAUGUGAGGAACCCUUCUGAAUAGGCACUGCAAGAAGCUCAACCGAUGUGUAUAAAUAUGUGAACCAUGUCAUUACGUGUGUGCGCAUGUGUGUGUAAAUAAACUGCAUUGAACAAUGGACUGAAAUAAAGAAAGGCAGUGUUCCAGGA